AUGAUAACUGUUAUUUUUAACCUGGAUGGAAAUCCUCAUGAAAUUAUUAUCAAGGACACUAAGUAUUUUGUAAAAGAACUAUAUGGUUGCGAAAAGCAUAAGAAUACCAUCGUUACAGUAAACGAUAUUACUUUUAAGUUUUACUUUAGUGCUGGGAUUUGUUUGUUGGAGCUAAGAUUGACAUAUUUGAUGAAGAAUACUUUCAUAGAAGAACUGAAGAAGUAUGAAAGAAAAUCAUUGGAUAUUAAGUUAACUAAGAAUUGUGAAGGCAAGUAACAGUGUUCAAUAAAUCUUAGAGAGCUUAUUAAUCAAGUUUCAUAACUUAAGUCCAGACUUGCCACUUAUAGACCACUGUUAUCAGAUGAUAUAAUUGUUGCAUUCGAAAGUCUUUUAUGA